CGAGGACCAGCCGCGCGUCUCGUCCGUGCCUUUGCGCGUUCGUGGCGAACCGUCCGGCUCCCCGUCCGGCUCCCCGUCCGUUUGCCCCGCCGUCUCCGCUGGACGCCGAGCGAGGCGGCAUGCUGCUGGCCGUGCUGAGCUGGCUCUGCGCCUCCCUGCUGCUGUCUGCCAGCGGGGGGAAGCUGCCCGAGGCCGAGGUGAAAGUAGAAGUCAUGUACAGACCUUUUCUCUGUCACCGAAAGUCGAAGUAUGGAGACAUUCUGCUGGUGCAUCACGAGGGCUACUACGAGAACGGGACCAUGUUUCACUCCAGUCGAACCCAGGGUGACAAGCAGCCAGUAUGGUUUACACUGGGCAUCAAAGAAGUGAUCCAAGGAUGGGAUAAAGGCCUGCAGGACAUGUGCUCUGGAGAGAAGAGGAAACUGGUUGUACCUCCAGGCCUGGCCUAUGGGAAGGAAGGAAAAGGUAAGAUCCCACCUGAAAGCACACUGACCUUUAUCAUUGAGGUGCUUGAGAUCAGACAUGGACCAAGAUCACAUGAGUCCUUCCAGGAGAUGGACCUCAACGAUGACUGGAAACUCUCCAAACAUGAGGUCAAAGAAUACCUGAGGAAGGAGUUUGAGCGUCAUGGCUACCCUCCCAACGACACUCUACAUGAGAACAUGGUGGAGGAUAUCUUUGCCAAAGAGGAUGAGAACAAAGAUGGCUUUAUAUCCUCCAGAGAGUUCACUUACAAACACGAUGAACUUUAAAGUCUCUCCCAGUCCCACGACUGACUGACUGACUGACUCACUCACUCAAUCACUCACGGCUCAUGGUGGAAAUACUUUGGUGCAGAGUUUAUUGCGACGACUCUCUCAGGUUACCUGAAGUAUUUUAUAAAAGCUUUGUGUUUGUUUGGUGUGUGACACUUAAACCCACCCUGUGUAAAGCUGUGUGUAGUUGGUUUUCAGCCAGUGAGACUGUUAAUUUGCUACUUUCAGUGAUAUGUCACCUCAGCAAAUCUUUGCCUUUUUGUGUGUUUACUUUGUCAAAUGGCAAACAACCAAAUUUUCUCCUUUUGAGACAACUGUCAGCUUGACUUUGCUCAUUUAAAACCCUAAAAAACCCCCUUUAAGAAACAGGUAAUAUGGGAUAUUCCACUCCAUCUUGCAUAUAAUUAAAUUUUGCUGUGAAAUUCCGCUUAAAGGUAA